AUGGCCUUCCCCUGCGUCGACCAACUGGAGCAACGCACUCAAAAGCUUCUGCAGUCAUUCGACGGUGGCCCAGAACCCUCCUACAGCAACCCUAUUUCGGGAUACAGUCUCUAUCAACACAACGAGCCCUUCUUAUUAGAUCACGGCGGCAUCCUGCCCAAGUUUGAGAUCGCUUACGAAUCAUGGGGCGAGCUGAACGCCGACAAGUCCAAUGUCAUUCUUCUCCAUACUGGACUCUCGGCAUCGUCCCACGCAAAGUCGCACCCUGCGAACACUGCGCCAGGAUGGUGGGAAAAGUUCAUCGGACCUGGACUGGCCAUCGACACAAAUCGGUUCCAUGUUAUCUGCACCAACGUCAUUGGAGGCUGCUAUGGUUCGACUGGUCCCUCUUCGAUCGAUCCCAAGGACAACAAACCUUACGCCACCCGGUUCCCCAUCAUCACCAUCUUUGACAUGGUCAGGGCACAGUUCGAGAUGCUCAGCUCGAUGGGUAUCCAAAAGCUGCACGCUUCGGUCGGAGCCAGUAUGGGUGGCAUGCAGUCUUUGGCUGCUGCGCUUUUGUUCAAGGAGCGUGUCGGAAAAGUGAUCAGCAUCUCUGCAGCUGCUCGCUCUCAUCCUUACAGCAUUGCCCUCCGAUUCACUCAGCGCCAAGUGUUGAUGGCGGAUCCCAACUGGAACAAGGGCUUCUACUAUGACAAGGUGCCUCCACACAGUGGUAUGAAGUUGGCUCGCGAGAUUGCCACCAUCUCCUACCGAUCCGGCCCCGAGUGGGAGCAGCGCUUCGGUAGGAAGAGAGCUCAGCCCACGACAACUCCUUCGCUCUGUGCCGACUUUUUGAUCGAGACUUACUUGGACCACCAGGGCGAGCGUUUCUGUCUGCAGUACGACCCUAACUCGCUCUUGUAUGUCUCCAAGGCCAUGGAUAUGUUUGAUCUUUCCGCAUCCACUUCGGCUGAGACUGCAAUUCGUCGUGCCAGGAACACUCUCCGUCUCCAGGAAGGAAAGGGGUCGUCCGCCCCCGAGAACGCCGCGACCCCUCCAGAGGAACAGGCUAAGGCUUGCGUCACUAGCACCCCAGCUGCAGAGUUGAAGGCCAAGGAGGAGCUUCAGGAUGACCCCAAGGCUCAGUUGAACGAUUUGAAGCAAGGCCUGAGCACUGUCAAGGAUAUCCCUACCUUGGUUUUGGGCAUCCAGUCGGACAUCCUGUUCCCUGUUUGGCAGCAAAAGGAGGUUGCCGAUUGCUUGCGCGAGACCGGAAAUAAGAGCGUGACUUACUACGAGCUCGACUCGAUGUAUGGCCACGAUGCUUUCUUGCUCGAGGUUGUCAAUGUCGGAAGCGCCGUCAAGGGACACCUUGAGCUGAAGAGAUAG